CAGUUUGUCAUCGAUUGUCAUUGAGUAAAUGAAUAAUAAUUUUUUUUAAAAAAUAUAUUAAAAGGUAGAAAUUAUAAUUUUUAAAAAUAAAAUUGUUUUAUUUGAAACCUAGCAAUUUAACGGAAUUUAACGGAAAAAAAUUACAUUUGAUUUCAAAAUAAAAUAAGUUCAAAAAAUUUAUUUUUUAAAAAAUCAUUAAUUUAAUGCAAAAAUAUUUCAAUUUUAAAACAGCUUUUUUGACUACGAUCAAACAAAAAAUUAAAAUUUUCAUUAUUAAUUUCAAAAUUCAUUCAAAAUUAUUUUAAAAAAAUAAUAAAACUUAAAAUUUGCUUUAAAAUCUGCUCACAAAUCAAAUAACCUACGUGUGAAUCCUUAUCGUCUCCAAAGCUGAUUCACAUUCAACGCAUAUUUAAAUAUUAUCAAAUCAACUUUCAACCUUGAACAGCGCACAGGAGAGAAUAAAAUAUGGGCGAGAAGUCUUACAGUCUCGAGAAGCCUUCAUCAUCAUCUCCCAAGAGCACCAAUGGAUACCUAAAAGCUAUUUCAAUUAUUAUUGCCAUAUUUGCUGUCAUUUUUGCUGGAUACUACUUCUUCCUACUUCCAUACCAUGACGAUUCAGAUCUUGAUGAUAUAUUUUCAUAUGCCACAAAUACUCCAGCUUCUCCAAUGGACAUCACAUCAACAACGGAUAUACCGAUUGAGUAUGAAGUUGAGAUUUCAAUUGAGGAAGAUCAAGUUUUGACAGGCAUUGAUGAAUACUUUAAUUAUGACUAUAUUGGAACAACAAUACAACCAACUGAGUCAAGUCUUGAGUCUGAAGAGUUUUUGACCUACGAAUAUCCAGACAAUCCAAGUUUUCCAGAAGGAAGUGGCGAUGACGACGGUCCGAUUGAGUUUGAAGAUGAAAUUCCAAAUUGUUCGAAAUUCUUCAAAAUUCCCGAAUCCAACAAAAUUGUUUGCUUAGUCGAAGCACCAAAAACACCAAAAGAUGCAGCACAAUUUUGCAAAUCAGCUGGCAUGAAGUUCCUCAAAAUCACCGAUGACGAAAUGAAGCAAAAAGUUUUUGAUGGAACUAGAAAAAUAUUUGGCAUUGGCGGUGGAACUGCACUGUGGAUUGAUGGCAAAUGGAAUGAAAAUAAGCGCAUUUGGGACUCGUGGCAUGAUGGAUCGAAAGUUGAAGUGUAUCCAGUUGAGAGGAUGUUAGGGGAUUGCACAAGGAUUUUUAGUCCAUUAAGCCGCAAAUAUGAGAUUUCAUCGUCCAAGUGCGAAUUAACGUCUUACUUUUAUUGUGAAAAAUUGAUUAAGAAAUAAAAAAUAAUUAUUUUGGAACCAAAUGACUUAUAAAAGUCUUGCU